GAUUUCUCGAAGAGAAAGAAGGGAGAGCGGCGGGGCCGGCGAGAGAGGCAGGCGAAAUGGCGAGCUCGUCAUCCGAGGCGGCGCCGCCAGUCGCCGCCGGCGAGGAUCCAGCGGCGCCCGCAAAGGGACAAGAGAGGACGAAGAAGGAGAAGACGAGGGUGGUCUUGCCGCAGUUCCACCUGGACACGCUCAUGAGGGCCGAGGAAUUCCUGGAGCCUCUGCCGCCGCCGGACGAGGAGUUUCUUGCGCAGGUCCGGGAGCAGCGCGGACAGAAGGGCUUCGUCGAGAUAGAUCUCACCGACGACGAGGAGGAGGAUGAGGAGGAGGAGGAGAAGGAGGGAGGAAACGCAGCUCCCCCGGCUGGAGGAAGGGGAUCUAUGGAGGAGGACAAGUUCAGCCCCGAGGUCACCAAGAAACACAGCGACGGCGACGGCGGCGGCAGUGGGAUCAAGAAGCUCAGCUGAACAGCUGAUUCGUCGGUUGAUUGAUUCUUCCCCCUCGGUCUUUUGUAUGGCACAAAUAUUUUUCUCUUCCUGUGAAUGUUCAAUACAUUCUCUUACCCUUGGGGUACUCCCAGGUGAUGAUGGGGUACUGCACUGAGGGAGGGAAAGCAUUCCUACCAAGGACCUUGAGACCUGAACUGCUGGACUUGGAUACUUGCCAGUAUGAGUAUUGUCCUUCAGAAUUUCUGUUAAAUGUUUUUUGGCUUCUGCGUAGAAGGUGGAUGCAUCCUUUGAGGUAGAUACGUCGCUGUUGAAACCACCUAGUGAAUCAUUUAUUUGCUUGUGUUUACUGCUGUUUGAAGGUCGAGCAUCAUUUUUAUCAGUAGCUGGAGGGGCCUGUCUGGAAUCCUUUAUAAUUGUAAAUGAGUCUCUGAGCAAACACGGAUCUCUUUGUACAUCAUCUUCGUUCAUCGGGGGUCUUCCUUCUCUAGUUUCUCCGGUCACGAUUCUGAAUCUUCUCCUGACUUCCUUAACUGAAAAUGUUGAACAUUCAGCUGCACUGUAUUCUGGAGCUUGAAUUCCACCUGAUUGCCGAUGGAAGGAUGUCGAUGCAGUUGCUUCUGUAGGAUCAAAUCCUCCCCUUGGAUUUGGCUUCAGUAUUACUAUUUUGUUAACUGGCUGAGAAGACCUUCCUUCAGGUGCAUGUGUUCUGCUUGAUUUAUCUUUCUUCCAGAAAAAUAUAUUCCUGCUCUC